AAGGCCUGUCACUGCUCGCUCCACAGCUAGCCUCCCGCUGCUUGUUAUUUUCUGCAACAAGAUGGCUGUCGUCCCUGAGAGCAGAGUCCUCACUUUCAGCGUUUUUAAAUGGAGCUCUUACUCCUCUACAUAUUUACCAGAGAAUAUCUUGGUAGACAAACCUAAUGAUCAGUCUUCAAGGUGGUCGUCUGAGAGCAACUACCCUCCACAGUUUUUAAUCUUGAAAUUGGAACGGCCGGCAAUCGUUCAGAGCAUCACAUUUGGGAAGUAUGAGAAGACUCACGUCUGCAACCUGAAGAAGUUUAAAGUAUUUGGAGGGAUGAGUGAAGAGAACAUGACAGAGCUUUUGUCCAGUGGCCUUAAGAACGACUACAACAAGGAAACAUUCACCCUAAAGCACAAGAUCGAUGAGCAGAUGUUUCCCUGCAGAUUUGUCAAAAUAGUGCCUCUGAUGUCGUGGGGUCCGAGUUUUAACUUCAGCAUCUGGUACAUCGAGCUGCAUGGUAUUGAAGAUCCUGACGUGGUGCAGCCCUGCCUUAACUGGUACAGCAAGUACAGGGAACAGGAAGCUAUCCGCCUUUGCCUCAAGCACUUCAGACAGCAUAACUACACAGAGGCCUUCGAGUCCCUGCAGAAGAAGACUCGGAUAGCACUGGAGCACCCGAUGCUCACACACCUGCACGACCGGCUGGUGCUGCAAGGAGACUUUGACGCGUGUGAGGAGCUCAUAGACAAAGCUGUCAGAGACGGUUUGUUUAACCAGUAUAUCAGCCAGCAGGAGUACAAGCCCAGGUGGAGUCAGAUCAUCCCUAAGUGCAACAAAGGUACAAGCGCCCAAGAAAUCAACCGAGACGACAUGAACAGUGACGGUGACGACAACAGGCCCGGGAUGAGGGGUGGACAUCAAAUGGUCAUUGACGUGCAAACCGAGACCGUGUACCUGUUCGGAGGCUGGGACGGCACACAGGACCUGGCUGACUUCUGGGCUUACAGCGUUCAGGAAAACCAGUGGGCAUGCAUCUCCAGAGACACAGAGAAAGAGAGCGGUCCGAGUGCUCGCUCCUGUCACAAGAUGUGCAUCGACUCUCAGCGGCGGCAGAUCUACACGCUGGGUCGAUACCUGGACUCCAGCGUCCGGAACAGCAAGUCUCUAAAGAGUGACUUCUACCGCUACGACAUCGACGCCAACACGUGGACGCUACUCAGCGAGGACACGUCGGCUGACGGAGGGCCGAAGCUGGUGUUUGACCAUCAGAUGUGCAUGGACUCGGAGAAGCACAUGAUCUACACGUUUGGCGGCCGCAUCCUGACAUGUAACGGCAGCGUGGAGGAGAGUCGGACGUCAGAGCCUCAGUUCAGCGGCCUGUACGCCUUCCACUGCCAGGCGGGGACGUGGAGCCUCUUACGGGAAGACUCGUGUAACGCCGGGCCGGAGGACGUCCAGUCACGCAUCGGACACUGCAUGCUCUUCCACACUAGAAACCGCUGCCUUUACGUGUUUGGGGGCCAGAGAUCAAAGACGUAUCUAAAUGAUUUCUUCAGCUACGACGUGGAUGGUGACCAUGUCGAGAUCAUCUCUGACGGCACCAAGAAGGACUCAGGCAUGGUGCCGAUGACAGGCUUCACGCAGAGAGCCACCAUCGACCCUGAGCUGAACGAGAUCCACGUCCUGUCAGGCCUCAGCAAGGACAAGGACAAACGGGAGGAGAACGUCCGCAACUCCUUCUGGAUCUACGACAUCGCCCGCAACAACUGGUCGUGUGUGUACAAGAACGAUCAGGCGGUGAAAGAAAACCCGAGUAAAGCUCUGCAGGAGGAGGAGCCAUGUCCGCGCUUUGCACACCAGCUGGUCUACGAUGAGAUGCACAAGGUGCAUUACCUGUUUGGUGGAAACCCCGGGAAGUCGUGUUCUCCUAAGAUGCGUCUGGACGACUUCUGGUCCCUCAAACUGUGUCGGCCCUCCAAGGAGUACCUGCUCCGACACUGCAGAUACCUCAUCAGGAAGUACAGGUUUGAGGAGAAAGCCCAAUCGGAGCCACUGAGUGCACUAAAGUAUCUGCAGAACGACCUCUCGCUCACGGUGGACCACACGGACCCGGAUGAGACCAAAGAGUUCCAGCUUCUGCCCUCGGCUCUCUUCAAGUCCAGCUCCGACUUCAUCCCUCUGGGUUUCUCUGACGUGGAUCAGACGUAUGCUCAGCGGACGCAGCUCUUCGACACGCUCGUCAACUUCUUCCCAGACAGCAUGACCCCCCCUAAGGGCAACCUAGUAGACCUCAUCACGCUUUAGCCCCUCCCACUCCGGACACACCACCCUCUCCUCUCACCUCACCUCACCUGCUGGAAUUACUGAACACCUUCCCAUCGCCGCACCUGAUGGGGACGGAGGACAAAGAGCCCAGUUAUUUUUCUAUUCCUGAACCCUGCUACUGGGACAACUCCUCACCUGGAGCCUCCUGCUGUUACCUGACGGUGAGGUAAACACACACUAACAACACUACGGUAUUUGGAUUGUGAGCGGAGCGCCACAUCAGCCUGACGUGUGUGUUACUCUCCCCCAAACAUCCCUCCUGGUUUUUUUUUUCUUGGUAAUGAAGAUUUCUUGGAGCACAGAGCUGCUCUAAACUCUGCCAAACAUCGCUUCUGUUUCUCAUCUUUACUUUGUUUUCCCCCCCUCGUUAGAAAAGUGAAGGCCAAAAAAAAAAAAAGAGGAGGAUUUGCAUUUGUUUGCAGUCUUUUUUUUUUCUUUUUUUAAGAGUUGUUCUUUUUUUCUUUUUUUUUAAAGAGUUGAUUUUUUUUUAAACUGUUGGAUUUGUGCUUUGUACCCACGCAAACGCCCACACAGUCGACCACAGGCAUCUGGAGCACAUCAGACAAAUGGAUUGUUGCACAACUUUCGUUCAAAAUCACAUGUCGUUAAUUCAUCCGAAGAAAGGAAAGUGUGAUCACGACAGAAGAACUUUUCAGUCUUGCACGGAUUUAAAAAAAAAGAAAAAAGAAAAUCUGUUCAUUUGGUAACCUUUCAGCAUCUGUCGUGCAACUUUUGAUUCGGUAAGUUUUGCUUUUCCCUGAAUGUGACGGCCAAAAAAAAGUCAGAAAUGUAAUUAUGGAGGAAUAAUUCUACGAGAUAGAGUUUAAUAUAUAUCUUGCGUAUAUCUCUUUUUUUGGUUUUCCCCGCCUAAACGUCCUCUGAAGGUUGGAUUUAAGUGAAAAGAUUUGAUUUUUUUUGUAAUGAACGGACUGUAACUGGUGUACAGAAAAUGUAAAUAUACAUAUAUGAACUCUCUGGAUUGAACAGAUUCUGUGCUCAGAUUUUGUUCUCUCUCAUCCCUCUUCAUAAAAAAAACAACAACAAUCAGGGUCCAUAUACAGCACCUCUAUAUAUAAUAACUUAACUAUUAUAACUUAUUGGGAAUACAUUCAAACGAAAGGUGUGUGAAUGAAGUGCUGCUGACAGAAAUACGUUUGAAGAUAAGAGUGGGGAAAGCUUUUCUUUGGGUCUAUUUAUCAUAAUGUGUGAACAUGAUUUUCAUUAAGUGUUGAUUCAUAGGUGUAAUUAUCCCCCCCUCCCCCAGUGUAUCUUUUUGUUUGUUCCAACACUUUGGUGCAGAAUGAAAUAUCUCGUCAUGUCCUGGGCGACUUGAGAUGAAAUUUGGUAUUUCAGUGAGUGAGAUUAUAAACGAGGAAUUAUUCUCAUUUUAGACGUUAACAAACGUUUGACCCAACCGCUUUAUGAACGAGCUAAUUAUUUGGCAUUUAGUUUAGCGCUUCACAAUGGAGAUGAAUCAUGGCAGCUCUACGUGCCGUAAAAUCUGAAGUCAGGCUGGCGGAGGUCUCCCUGCUUGCGAACACGUUAGACCAUCUGCACGCUUCCAGCUGAAAACGUUACCUCUGCUGCUUCCACGCCGUUUCGGGUUCUGUGUUUAUAAAUGCGCACUGCCCACUCAAAGUCUUCUUAUCGUCUUCCAUGACUCUCAGUUUGACCAUAACGGAUUGGGUUUUUUUGGGGGGGGGGCUUUUUGCCUUUAUUAGAAAGGACAGCUGAAGAGAUGAUGGGAGGAGAGAGAGAGGGGGAUGACGUGCAGCAAAGGGCCGAGGUCGGACUCAAACCCACGGGCGCUGCUAGGACGCCCAUAUCCUCUGUACACGGGGCGCUGCAAGUAUCAGAUUGUUUUUCAGUUUUAGUGUGAUCCAAACACUGUGAACUCUGAGCGGCUCUUUGCCUCGGGUGCAUCCGCUGCGACUGUUAACCAAAGCAUGUGUUUAUGUGUAACGUGCAGCAUCAAAUCGAUUCUUCGCAAAUGAACUAUGAUCUCCAGAGUUACAUCAUCAAAUUAGAAUGUGCACUGAGACUUUAAACCAGACGUGCAGCAGUUAACUGGAGCAUUUUAUGGACACUGAUUUACAUUUUUACUCUUGUUUUACAGUUAAAGCGCCCUGCUGGUGAUUUGCAGCAAUUCCCUAAAAUGACUAACAGCGUCUUUUAAAGGUUUGGGUGUGAAAGAAACGAGGCGCUCUGUGUUUGACGGGAAAUAGAAAACAUCAUCAGUUUUCAUGAGUGUGUAAUCAGCUGAAAUGAAGACGUGCGGUGCGUCUGAAGGAGCUUUUUUUAUUAUCGAGCGCUCAAGUUGAAAAUCUUUCAGCUUGUCAGAAUGACGCUGUUGACGUCACCGGCGCUCUUUUUUUUAAAAAUGAUAUUCCCCGUAGUAUUUCCCCCAACGGAUCAGGUCUUGUACUCACAUCCUCUUGGCUCCUCGUCUGAUCGGGAAUAUAAAACAGCAGCAGCGGCCGUUGUCAACACACUGUUGUCAUGCAGACAGGAUGUUUACUUCUCAGAGCGCAAACACUUCAUGCAGACACUACCGAGCGCACAGCCAACACUUUUCUGCCCGGAAAAAAACGCCAGGUAGAAACGCAGCCUAAGCUAUUUAUUUGUUUUUAAAACCUGUAGAGUCGCCCCCUGCUGGCCAUAAAAUAGAAUGCAGGUCAAAGACCCCUCCUGGAUUAGAAACCAAGAAGCUGUGUGCACAACUCUAUGAUUGUCUUUACCACUAAACCCUGCACACUGCUCCUUUAAGAAGAUGUGAUUUAAAGCUAAUGGGCUGAAAUGUACUGAACGAAGCCUGGUUUAGACUUCUGCAUCGGAUGAAUGCUGUAGCUACGCCGAUGUGAGCACUACAUAGUUGCGCGUUUGUGUCUGCGAGCUCUGCCUACAAACGCUAAUGGUCAGUUUUUGUUACAUCACUAGAUUUCGCUUCCACCACAUCCUCUGCUUGUUUGUGUGCAGGAAACCAUGGCAACCGAAAAAGAGCGUAUUAUGUUAGAGGUGGGGCUGAUAAAUAUUUUGCAGUAGUUGAUUUUCCUGGCUUGUAGCGUUCUUCCUUCUGCAGAUUUUUGAAAGCAGCAGCGGCAAAACCAGAAAUGUAAAUCCAGCCGUCCAAUCACAGGGCUUGCAGGUGCAUCGUUUGGAUCUGUAGUCAGAUUUUUGAGGAGGUGCACAUCGGGCUGUGUAUGUAGGCCUCUCCGUAGAAACAGGGCUACACGAUCCUAUGGCGUAUGCUUCGGCAGGAUUGAAUGCACCUCAUCUAUAAUCUCACAUCCUCAAUCACGUUGUCAUGGUUUCAAAUUCAAAACAUCAGUGUCUACACUACAGCAAAUGUCCUUUUUUAAAGAAGUGCAAUAAUCUCCUGCUGCGCCUAUCAUCACUUCUAAUAAUCUCAACCUCACAGGUGUGUUUCAGUAAUCUGCACGCGUCAUGUUCAUUAAGAAAAAGUUACAGAAAGGAGCCUGUUGUCCAGACAAGUCGAGUAAACCUGCAAAAUGUAACGAGACAGAUCUCCCUGGAAGGUCAGCAUCAUAUUUCUUGUUGUUUUUGUGCGUUUCAGUUUGUUUAGUUGGAGGAGGAGGAGGUGUUUCCCUUCAUGUUUCUGUUCCUCCAUGCCUCUUUGACCCCGGAGCAACAACAACAACAACAAAAAAUGGUGUUAAAACUCAGAAAAUGGAAUAACCAAGCAAGGGAUUAUUUAUACUUUGACAACAUUUAGGGCGCAUCACGCUUUGCCGUAGCAUUUUUUUUUCUCUCUCUCUCUUGUGCCAGAAGAAAACCGUGUUUAAAAAAUAAAUGAAAGCACCUUUGUAAAGAAGACAAACACAAUGCCAAAUACUUCUCUUGUUUUUGCUCCAUGAAACAGUGUUUGCUGGAUGAAAUGUUGUUCUAUUGUGAUGUUUUUCUCCAUCUCGCCCCCUCUCUCCGGACCCCCCCCCCCCCGGGUGGGCCCCUCGAGAGUCUAAAGGCUGGUACUCUCCGAUCAGUGAGCACUACUCUGUGGAAACAGUGAAUGUGUAGAAAGCCUUGUAGUAUUGCAUUGUAUGUAAUGUAUAUAAUGAAUAAAGAUUGUAUUUUGUUCAGGUUUUCCUAA